CCAAAGCGGAAGUAGUUGAUCCAAACAGUUGUUGAUCUCGUGCGUGGUCAGUAAUCGUCCUAUUUUUUGUGUCACAAAAACGACAGAAAAUACUCGACAGAGUGGCUGCUUGGAGUCCCCUUCGAGCAUGGAGAAAGAAGACGAGACCGUGGCGGUCAAAAGGACCAGUUCGGAGCAGAGAAAGCUGCGUUCGCGCGACGCGGCCAGAUGUCGGCGCAGCCAGGAGACGGAGGUGUUUUAUGAGCUCGCCCGCACUCUGCCGCUCCCGCGCAAAGUCUGCACCCACCUGGACAAGGCCGGCAUCAUGAGGGUCACCCUCAGCUUCCUGCGGAUGCAGCAGCUGCUGCAGCCCCAUGAGGGAGACACGAAAGAAGAGAAGGAUGAUGAGGAAGAGGAGGAGGACCCCAUGGACGCCUUCUAUCCUCAGGCUCUGGCAGGCUUCGUCAUGGUGAUGACAGAGGAGGGUGACAUGAUCUUCCUGACAGAAAACGUCAACAAACACAUCGGCAUCACGCAGCUGGAGCUGCUGGGUCAGAGUAUUUAUGACUUCGUUCAUCCCUGUGAUCAGGAAGAGCUCCGAGACCUGCUGACUCCACGCCCAGGCUUGAGUAAGAAAUCUCUGGCGGAGCAGCCCAACGAGGUGAACUUCUUCCUGAGAAUGAAGAGCACACUGACCAACAGGGGGCGCACUGUCAACAUCAAGUCUGCUACCUGGAAGGUGCUUCACUGCUCAGGUCACAUCCGUCCAUUCAGUGGCUCUGCUGCGCCCCCCGGUGCCAGGGUGAUGACAUUACUGUGCGAGCCCAUCCCUCAUCCGUCCAGCGUUGAGUUCCCCUUGGACACCUGCACUUUCCUCACCCGCCACAGCAUGGACCUGCGCUUCACCCACUGCGAGGGGAGGGUUACGGAGCUGGUCGGAUACAAACCCGAGGAUCUGGUUGGACGCUCUGCCUACGAGUUUUAUCAUGCCCUCGACUCAGACCACAUGAAGAAGAGUCUGCACACAUUGCUGUCCAAAGGCCAGGUGUCCACCAGCCACUACCGCUUCCUGGCCAAUAAUGGUGGCUUCGUGUGGGCGGAGACUCAAGCCACCGUCCUUUACAGCAGCAAGACAUCGCAGCCUGAAGCCAUUGUCUGCCUCAACUUCAUUCUCAGUUCUGUGGAGCAGCCAGACGUGGUCUUCUCCGUUGAGCAGACCCGCUCCGGCCUCCUGUCUAAAACCGAGUCCCCAAAUACGCCUCAGGAUAGUGGGUUUUCCGACUCCUGUGAGUCUGACGCUGAGCCCACUCCAGGUUCCGCCGAGGCCCAGGACCUGGAUCCCAGCAGCUCUGCUCGGCUUUUCCUGAAGCUGAAAGAGGAGCCAGAGGAGAUCCUGCAGUUGGCUCCUGAAUCCGGAGAUGCUGUGGUGCUGGUUGCAGCACCAGUCGAGCUGUCGUUCUCCAGUCCUCUCAGUCCAGACUCUGUUCCGGAUCAUCCUCAGGAACUGUGCACCCCCCAGCUUAGGCAGCUCCUGUCCCCCAUCUUUGAUACGCUUACGCCGUCCUCCUCUCCUGAGUCGGCACUGAGUGCAGCUCAGGAGGAGGUGAUGGACAUCGGCGAGGUGGAAAGGUUCUUUGCCUUGUGUCCAGAAGAUGUUCAGAAAAAGACUCAAACUUUGGAGAACGUGGAGGAAAUGGAUCUGGACAUGUUGGCUCCGUACAUCUCCAUGGACGAUGAUUUCCAGCUGACCCUCCUCAACACUUUACCUGAGGAAAGCAUCCAAGCUGCGUCUGAAAGCUCAACCAGGAAACGGACUUUUGAGUCUGACGACGAGAUGCUGCCUCAGCUGCUGAUUCAGGAGAAGAGACAGAAACAGGAAGAGGAGCUUCUUCUCACCCACAGACUGUUGGGCUGUCUGGAGGACAACGACCAGACGGAUCUGAUUCUUGAAUCGAGUCCAGGGAAGUGCAGUCAGCUUCUCACUGACAAAGACCCGGUUCUGGGAGGCAUUCAGAGUCUGUGCGACACUGCAGGUCUGAUGAGGGACGUGUUCGUUCCUCGCGUUGACGACCUCUCUCCACCUCUGUCGCCCAUGACCUGAAGCGGCUGCGGCCGUUGCAGUCGGCUCGACCUCCGCGCUCAAAGCCAGGACGUCGACGCUCGAUCUGUCAGCAAACAGAGCGCACACAUAAACAAACAAACCACACACAUGUACGCACAAGGACUUGGACUCUCGCUGCGUGUCCAUGCUGUAGGGUUGGAGCCGCCCUGGACGCUCCCGGCUGAGCUGGGGCGGCCUUGAGCGUUGGGUUUUUCUCAUCUUCCUCACUGUGAAACAAGCCUGUGAGCUGCAGCCGUGCAGGGGCUUGUCUGUCUUAGCCACUCGCGCUUCAUAGGCGUGCUCGGUCUGCGUCAUAGAAGCAGCGGUCAGAGCUAACUUCCUCCUUGCAGGGUGACAGGUGGGUCAUGUGGUCGGCCUCGGCAGAGAGGCCACUUUUUAACCAAUUUCCAAGUGCAGCUAAGAGACUCGUACCACGUUUAGGCAUGUCGUCACGAGCGUCAAAGACGGUCGUGUUGCCAUGUUUCAGCCAUUUGUGGUAUUUUAUCAGAAACAAACCAAAUCAGUGUCACGGCCGUUGCAUUUUCUUUUUCACGAUCACGAACAAGCCUGCGACUUUCGCCGUAAGCGUCGAUUUCAGUGGCAUUUUUUAAGACGUUUCUGCUUUUUAAGAGUUCACCGAUUUUAUCUGCAAAUCAAAAACAGUUUGUUGUAAUCUUCCUGAUGUGGGCGGGACUUCUACCUAACACUCCCUAUAAGCGAAAGCAGCGCAAUCAAUCACCCAGAAAGUCUUGUAAUUUGGUAUUUCUCAGACAUCCACAUGACAGAUUUGAUGUCAUUUGUCCUUUUAUGAUAAUUUCCAAUAUAUAAUUGACUAACCUGCUUUUCUGAAGCCGAUAUUAGCUCAGCAAGAGUAGUGUAAGCAUGUUUAUGCCUGUUAGAAUUGUGAUUAAGCUCUGGUAUUUUAGCCCCCCUCCCCCUUUAAGUUUGAUUUUUGAAGGCGUGUAAGAGUUGUACCCCACAUUAAUGAAAUGGAAUAGUCCUGUGUUCCUGCAGUGUUUGCAGUAUUUUGAAAUCAGUUUUUUUAAUUUGAUCAUUUAUUUUUCACACACAAACCCUCAAUCUAUCAACCCCAGUAAUAAUAAUAAUAUUAAAAAAACACAUCAAACCAAACCAAACGAAGUGUAAAACUGCCAGAUUGUUUCCCACGUGCUCGCUCCGUCUGAGCACCGUGCCUUCUCGUCCUCCUGUGAAAAUGCUCCCAGGUUCUUCUUGGUCUCGCUCAGACCGUUACCGUUUACACAGAUUCUGCUCUGAAUGUUCCCACUGAUUGAGGGGAGAAAUAAAUACUUUUAUUUUACUGGUUAUCUUGUAUGUACUCGAGUAAAUAAAGCUUCAUGAAAGAAA